CUCUCACCCUAAAACAAUGGUUUAAUGUACCUAAAAAACUGCACCUGUAAGAUAAUAAUAUAUUAUAUUAUAAGUGAUAGAAAUGCAUCACUAUAUGCGAGUGAGAAUUAUGAUUUACGAGUGCGAUUGCGCACGAGUGAGACACUUCUCACGAGCUUUAUAAUGGCAUUUCAAUCACGUGUGAUAUACGACGUUUAUCUUACAAGUGCAUAGUAAAGAAAUCCAAAAAAUUCAGGUAAAUAUCCGUCUGUAACAUUAGCAUAGUUCUCGUAGUGACCUGUAUUGCUAUAGUUAUGAAAUAAACAGUCAUUGUUGUCCCCAAUUUUCUCCAGAUUUACUCACUCGUGAGUAGAACUGACAGCUUUAUCUCUCUUGUGAGCGAAAUUUGAUUUCUCUCACCGAAAACAAUGUUAUAAUGUACCUAAAAAUCUGCACCUGUAAGAUAUUAGUAUAUAAUAUUAUAAGUGAUAGAAAUGCAUCAUUGUAUGCGAGUGGGACACUUCUCACGAGCUUUAUAAUGAAAUUUCGAUCACGUGUGAUAUACGACGUUUUAUCUUACAGGUGCAUUGUAAAAAAAUCUAAGAAAGUCAACUAAAUAUCCGCCUGUAACAUUAGCAUGAUUCUAUGUAUCAGCUUUCAAGAGAAAACUAUUAUACACGUAAAGAAAAAUUGACAUUAUCUGUGAGCAGAUAACUUUUCUUUACUUUAUAAUAAACUACAGUUGCUAUUUGUAGCUUCCAGAACCCAAAAACUUCUUUUAAAAACAAACAGGUCGCAACUUAAUUCGAAUUUAUUUUAUCAUGUAUUGAAUUUUAAUUCGCUUUUUGUUAACCAACCUUUAUUACUGUAAUUACUUAUUUUACGUCUACUAUUGAUUGAUAUUUUUAUUAUAUUUAGUAUUUUUAUUUAUAUUGUCAUUGUUUAUAAACAUAAAUCGAGAUAGUAGGAAAAAUUUUUAUUUAACUCGUUUUCGUUUGUAUCAUUUAAUUAAUUUGUUGCGCCGUGACAGUGGCUUGCGAAAUUUCAAGGAAACCACCAACAGUCUUAUUUUUUAAACAUAAGCCCCAAUAUGUACAUAUUUAUAACUCAACAUGUCCCUGGAAAACUCAUAAGUUUUGCUUAUCAAAAUGAGUGUGUUGUUGCACCAGACAAAUGAAAAAACCAAGAGUAAGUCAAAAAAUUGAAAUCACAUUUUACUACAAUCACGAGAUGAAUAAUAAAAUUUAAUCUGUCUAUUAUUAUAAACCCAGACUCGCCUCUUAUCAAAAGAAUAAAGCCGGCCAACAAUGCAGACUCGAAAUUUAUUUCAAGGCAGCAAAUAUGUCUAUUUAUCAGCAAUGUCAGCAAACAUCGCAGCUUUCAUGACUGGCUGCUCCUCAGCAUGGUCUUCCCCUAUAAUCCCAAAAUUGUUAACAGACGACUGGGAUCAAAAUCCCCUUGGUCGGGUGAUAACAAAAAUUGAAAUAUCGUGGGUCGGCUCUUUGUCGUCGUUUGGGGCUGUUUUUGGGGCCGUUUUAGUCGGGCUUGUGACACAGAAAAUCGGUCGGAAGUUCACCAAUAUUUUGGUGAUGACUCUCUUCCUUGUAGCGUUCCUAACUGCAGCUUUCACUCCACUUAUCGAAAUUUUAUACAUUGCAAGAAUUUUGAUGGGUUCGGCUUGCGGAGGCCUGUUUUACGCUUGUCACGUGUACAACACUGAAAUCGCAGAAGACGCAAAUCGGGGAAUUUUAAUGUCUUCGUCCGGACUCUUGCUGGUGUUGGGCAUUGUGUUCACGUACAGUGUGGGGCCUUUUGUUUCCAUAAUGCUGUAUAAUUUGAUUCUGGUCGGGAUAUGUGUUGUUUAUUUCCCGAUUUUUUGCUACUUUGCCCCUGAAUCGCCAUACCAUUUGAUACAGAAGAGACAAGAAGCGGAGGCUUUCAAAUCACUCUAUUAUCUCCGACGAUUGCCUGAUAACAAAAUUGACGAACUUAUUGCCCAAAUUAAAUCACAAUUGGAAUCGAAAGAGGAAGGUUCAUUUUUGGAUAUCUUCAAAACCCGAGGUUCGAUCAAAGCAUUUUUCUGCGCUUCCUCUUUAGUGAUUUUCACGCAACUUUCGGGCAUAAACGUCUUUUAUAGUUACAUGCAAGUCAUAUUCAACGCCACUCAAAGUUCAGUUCCUCCAGAAAUUUGCCCAAUUAUUAUCUCGAUCGUGCAGUUGCUGUCUUCAUCCGUUUCAACUCUACUUUGUGACAGAUUAGGGAGACGAACUCUCCUGCUGAUUAGCGCCAGCGGCUCAGCUUUUUUCGAAGUUGUGUUAGGACUUUAUUUUUAUUUACAGAAUGGCGGACAAGACGUCUCAGCCCUAGGCUGGUUACCAAUCACGUCACUGGUCGGUUUUAUGUUAUUUUAUAAAUUCGGGAUUGGAACUUUUGCCUGGCCGAUGUCGUCUGAGCUUUUGCCGCCGAAAGUUUUGGCGAAAGCAACACUUCUAUUGACCACGAUUUUCUGGUGUCUUGGUUGCCUCCUGACGCUGUUUUUUAAUCCGUUGUCGGAUGCUGUAGGCAUGGCAGGAUCGUUCUGGCUCUUUGCUGGGUGCUGCUCGGUGUUUGCUGUGAUUACGUUUUUCUUUAUUUUUGAGACGAAGGGGAAAAGCUUCGAUCAAAUCCAAGCCGUUUUCAAUAAAUAACGUAUGAGAUGAUAUAUUUUGUACCAAAUAUAAUUUAUUGUCCGAAAAAAUUGUACAGUAUUUUUUUAUUUGAAAACUGUAUCAUUACUAAAUUUAAAAAAUUAUAACAAUAAAUCCAUCAUUACAAAAA